GGCCAGCAAUCUCCAAUAAUCAAACAAGCUACCUUCUUUCACAUCUAUAUUCCUCCAUAGCUGAAAAUAACAAACAUAUACAUAUAUCAUAUAGAAAGACCAAAAUACAAAAUCGAGAUCAGAUAUAUAUGGCUGCAAAGACCUCAACCAUACUUACUAUAUUCCUUGUAGUCAAUCUUCUCUUCCUCAACUUCAUUCCCCUGGUUGUGGCAGAAAAUACUUGUCCAAGAGACCAGCUCAAACUUUCAACUUGCGCAAAUAUUCUCAACCUCAUCAACUUGAAUCUUGGCGCACCGGCUAUGAGACCUUGUUGCUCUGUUCUCUUAGGUCUAAUCGAUCUUGAUAUUGCGCUUUGCUUCUGUAGCGCGCUUAAGCUCAGCAUUCUCGGCAUCACCACCAACACUCCCAUUCACCUUAACUUGGCCCUCAACGCCUGUGGAGGAACACUUCCCGAUGGAUUUCGUUGCCCAACAUAGCUACAAUUUAUUCAUAUCUUGUGUAUGUUCUCAAGAAGAUUUCGUCUAACUAUAUUCAAAGCUAGAUUCAUGUCUAAGCCAUUAACGACAAUAACACUGGCGAUAUGUAUGAUAACAAUAAACAAAAAUUUAUAAAUAAACAUUCCAAUAACCUUCUCUUA